AUUCUUAGGAGUGGCGAAAUAAGUAAAAGCGUCAGUGAGUUUGUUGCUGUUGGUUUAUAGAAAGGUAAGCUCACAAUGGCUGCAUGUAAAGAGAAACUGUAUCCCAACUGCGAUCCGACUGUAUGGCUCCGAUCCUGCGAGGAGGAGGUCACUGAACCAUUGGAAGGACAAAUUACAGGUGAAAUUCCAUCGUGGGUUCGCGGUAGCCUGCUGCGGAAUGGGCCUGGCUCACUCCAAGUUGGAUCGGAGCGGUUCGAUCACCUGUUUGACAGCUCGGCCCUGCUGCACAGGUUUGCUAUCCACGAUGGGAAUGCUACAUACCAGUGCCGUUUUCUGCAGUCUAACACAUACAAGCGUAACCAGGCGGCGCGGCGUAUCGUCGUCACGGAGUUCGGCACCAGCGCGGCCCCUGACCCGUGCCACACCAUUUUUGACAGAGUUUCAGCACUUUUUGAUCCUGGAGAGUCAAUGUCAGACAACGCCAUGAUUUCUUUGUACCCAUUCGGUGACGAGAUGUACGCCUUCACAGAGGGACCAGUCAUUCACAGGGUGGACCCGGUAACGCUGGACACACUGGGGCGGAGGAACCUGUCGAAGAGCCUGGCGCUAGUGAACCACACCUCGCAUCCCCACGUCCUGCCCAACGGAGACGUGUAUAACGUGGGCAUGUCCCUCGUAAAAGGGCGCCUGCAGCAUGUCGUGGUCAAAUUCCCAUUCACUGAAAAAGGGGAUAUGUUCGAGCGGGCUCGCAUCGUAGGUAGCAUGAAACCACGGUGGCCCUUACACCCCGCAUACAUGCAUACUUUUGGUAUAACGGACAACUACUUCGUGAUAGUAGAACAGCCGCUAUCGGUGUCCCUGGUGAGCGUGGUGCGGAACCAGCUUUCUAACAGGCCUCUCGCCCGGAGCUUGCAGUGGUACCCGCAACACGAGACACACAUAGUCCUAAUAAGUCGAAAAACUGGGAAAGAAGUGACGCGAUACCGGACUGACACCUUGUUUUACCUCCACAUCAUCAACUCGUAUGAGCAGGACGACAGGCUGGUCGUCGAUAUCUGUGCGUAUAACGACGCUAAGGUGAUAGAUGCUAUGUACAUCCAGGCCAUUGAAUCGAUGCAAAGCAACGCAGACUACGCGGAGUGGUUCCGCGGACGGCCCAAGCGGGUGGAGAUCCCGCUGGAGGCCCCGCGGCUCACGCGCGUCGCGCCCCGCCUGCUGGCGGGCCUGGGCUGCGAGACACCCAGGAUACACUACGACCUACACAAUGGAAAGCCCUAUCGUUACUUCUACGCGAUUAGUUCAGACGUCGAUGUCGAAAACCCAGGACUGAUCAUCAAAGUGGACACAGCGACGAGUGAGAUCCGGACGUGGUGCGACGUGGACUGCUACCCCAGCGAGCCCGUCUUUGUACCGCGGCCAGGCGCUAAGGAAGAAGACGACGGCGUGUUGCUGAGCGCGGUGGUGCGCGGUGCGGGCGACUCACGCGCCGUGGCCCUGUUGGUGCUGGAGGCCGCAACCUUGCGUGAGCUUGCGCGCGUCACGUUCCGCACGCCUUCGCCUGCGCCCAAGUGUCUGCACGGCUGGUUUCUACCCGAGCGGGUUUAGGGCCACCUUUUUUUUUGUGGACGGAGUGGAAAAAUGCGUUACGCGUUCCCCCGGGCUGGGGAGCCAUGGGGGAUGUGUGGAACUCCCUCCUGCAACCGCCCUCUCCUGUUGAGAGGGGGAGAGGAGGUAUACCCACUAAAAGCCACUCCGGCGUCACCCUUCUUACCGUUUUGAAGGAGCCAUGGGAUGCCUGGGAUUCUACCAUGACUCCUUCCGGUGGCCCUGGCAUAUCUUAUGCCAGAGUACCCACACCGAUGAACCGGGUUUAGGGCCACCUACCACAACUGACGGACCGAUCAACGUCACUCAGCAGCGAACUAUGUAACUUCCCAUACAAUACGAUUUAGCGAGCGAACCGACCCUUAAACAACAGCGCUGAAUGCAGUGACGUUUUGAAAAGAGCGCUAAUCACUGAAAGCGACGUUUGCAUCUAUUGACUAGCUCUCUCUGGACCCGCGCUUAUGCAGAUACCGCUGCGGCGCUGCUAAUAUUGUUUUAAAUAUGUUAGAGAAAAAUCAUUUACCUAUUGUUAAACCAAGUACAUUCUAAAACUAAAUGUCUAUACUACAAUUGGACUGAAAUUAAGUAAGUCCUUAUUGAACAUAAGAUUUUUAGUUAUGGCGAGAAUUUGAGAAGCCAAUUUUCGCGAUAAGUAAAAAAGUACUUAUAAAAGUAGUUUUUUUACAUAAAAAUUUUAAUCUUCCAUACUCUAAUUAUUAUUUGGAUGACUGAACCCUUUAAGUCUAUGAUCUGAUCUGAAGUCCGUCGUGUCUUCUUAGGAUUGGAGUUUUUCCAGUCGUGGCAUUACCAAAGAUAAAAUAACUACUAACCUACUAGCGCAAUGGAACAAGAAAUGCAAAAUUAUUUCAGCUACCUACUCUUCAAUGAUAUGAUUGUUCGUAUGCAUACUCGUAUAUAUGGGGAUACAAUAUAUCAAUAGAGUCCCGAAUAUAUAUAGUAUAUGUACAGUAAGUUGCAGAGAUUACUGGCCCCCUGCAUAGAAAUUUGUUUGCGGGGGAGGGAUCAGUUAUCUCUGCAGCUUACUGUACAACUGUAGGUAGAAGUACCUAAGUUAAUCUUUAUAAUAGGUAUGUAAUGUUCGUAUAUAUUCGCGCAAAGUUAGUACAUAUGUAUAUCGUAUUUUUUUUACUCUUCUUUACGUUUACUCUUAACAGUGUUAACGUGGAUUUUAUACGCCGCUGCUUAGUAUUAAAUCCCAAUAUUUUUUAAUGCUCAAAAUCUAACACAUAUGUUUUUUUCUUACUAUUGUAGUAUAGAUACUAAUGCACAGACUUAAUAUAAGUAUUUUAUGGUAUGGCACCAUUUCUUAUAAAACAAAUUGAAAUUAAUGCAGUCAAACUUAGCAGUUCCAUGACUUUCUUUGAUGAUAAAAUGCUCCCAGUGUAUAAAAACUGAUGUUAAAUUCUACUUAUUUUUGUUUACGUCUCAUUAUUGGUGCCACAUCUAUUAUUAUUAGUGCCAUGCCUUAUGGGAAACGGUC